AUGGUAGGUUUCCCUGCCUCUCCCGCCCCCGAUAACGGAGCUGAUAGAUCACCAGUAGGUUCCCCUGCCUCUCCUUCUUCUCCCCCUGCCCCCGUUGAUGCCCCUGAUGAUAGAACUGACAGCUUUCCAGAAGAAUGUAUACGAAGAUGGCGGCGAAAACAUAGGUGGACUCACACAGAGCUGAAAGCUCUACAAUCUGGGAUGGAUAGGUUUGGAACUUCGUGGGCUAACAUUAAAAAAACAUAUGGCAGUACUAAAGGCCCUUUGCGUCGAAGAUCUCAAAUGGAUCUUAAGGACAAAGCAAGAGCUGAACUAGAGUUCAGGAUUAAAAAUAAAUUACCUCGCGGAAUAUUCGCUCUUGUUAGGUAA